ACACUUCCAAUUAUACAACAAUAAAAAUAUUUGUUGUGUAAACGAAUACUUAUAAGGAAUUUUUAGUACCUAAAAUCCCAACAAGCUGAACUUGCUAUCAUAUAGCUAAAUCAGCAAGUUAAAGGUAUAUUCGAAACCCUACAUAUUCACUUCUCUGGAGCUUGCUUUCAGUUUGCCACGGUAUUUUGGAUAAGAAGGCCAUAAGCUCGGAAAAUGAUAACGCAAAGUUUUGGUUUUAGCCUCAUAACCAUCUUGAUAGGGCUCUCCCAUGAGGCUGAUCCAUCAACUGAUCAGGACGAUGGUGGAACUCCAAUGACGAUGAAGGGGUUCAACAAUACUCUCGGCACCUUUGUGGAAUACACCGGACGUGCAGAUUUGGCCUUCGAAGAUUUGACCAUAUAUGCCAGCUUUAAUUUUAAGUCACUUCUCCUGGAUAUCCAGACCUUGAAAAAAGACUAUGAAACUCUUUCCGGUAUUUGCAUGGACAACCCAAAUAUGUGCCCAAAAUUCUUCGAUCUCAUAACGUUCGAAGACACUUUUAUAAAAGAUGGCAUGAUUGUGACGGACCUUUCGAUGUUUUUUAAAGGAAAAUCAUUGUUCGAAGAUAUGAAUGAAUCUAUCAUCAUCGACAGCACAAGAAACGUACACCAAAUUGUACUCGAACGCGAUAGCAAUGAAGGCACCGAGAGUCCGUACCGGUAUAUCUACGGCCUGACCAAUAAACUAAAUCAUCUGGGCACCCACUUAAAAAGGACACGGGAUGCCAUAGUUGAAGCCAUAGUAUCCGCCCAACAGGGUCGUCUUAGUCCGCUAGUCCUUUCCAUCAAUCAGUUAAAGGGGGAGAUGGUAAAAAUUCAGGCAGACCUUCCACCAGGGCGGCGACUGCCCUUCGAUCAAUCGACAAUGUCCAAUAUUUAUCGCGUAGCCACUGUAUUCCCUCAGCAGAUGGACAACCAAGUGGUCUUCCAAAUCAAAGUGCCCUUGAUCGAUGUGGAUCAGUUUAAUAUGUACCGCCUGACACCCAUUCCACGGCUGGAUGAUGGCAAAAUCCAGAUGAUGGACACCGAAACACCGUACCUGUGUAUCAAUGAUCAUCAGGACCGGUAUUUCCCGCUCCAGAACUUGGAUGGCUGCAUUGAAUUGGCAGGGGAACGAUUCCUGUGUAGGAACAACCAAAUCACCUAUGGAAAUGCUGGUGACAGUUUGGCCUGUUCUUUGGCGGCCAUAAAGAAUCAAUCCUCUGAAGCCUGCAUUUUUCGUCAAGUGGAGGAGAGCAUCAUGUGGACACAGCUGGUGGCACCGAACUCAUGGAUGGUGGCCCUCACCAAGGAGCUUUCAUUGAUGGGUGUGUGCUCUGGUGAGAGUCAGGAACUGCGGAUAAAUGGCACUGGAAUCCUGAACAUUCGCAGCGAUUGCGUCGUCCGGACUUCAGCUGUCACACUCCAAGGAAAAUCCCCAAAAAGUACUCCUUCGAAAAAGGGUUACGCAUCCCUGCGACGGAUCAACAAAUCCCCUCGAAGGAGGGUCAAUCAACUACUUGAGAUCGUAACCCAACUGAGGUUGGAUCUGGAAAAACUGAAAGCCAUCGAGGAUUAUCCGAUAGCCGUCAUCGCAGUUUGCCCCAUAAUUGUGCUGAUUGUCGUUAUAAUUUCGUUGGUAUACUUAUAUCGCGUCCACCGUAGAAGACAGCUGACAGAGGCACAAAAUUCACUCAAGGAAGUCAAUGUACUGCAAGACCCAAAAAAUGAAAACCAGUCCAGUAAUCUUCCGCUUCUGGAAAAACGAGAAAUAUAAAAAAAGGUGGAGAUAAAAAUUUGCAAUUUCAAACCUAGAAAUUUUUCUACGCAUUAUUUUAGACCACAGACAAAAGAGACAUCUCUGCUUGAUCGGAGCAUUCAUAUCCUUAUAUCAUCGUAGCUGCCUGAUUGGUCGACAUUCAUCUUGGAGCGGCUUCUUAUGUCUAAGUACUCCAAAUGAUAGGGGAUCAUUUCAUACACUACAUGUGUGUUUCUUUUCCCGAACUCAAAAACAAUAAAUUAACCAUAAUUGUUUGAACUAUGUA